AUGGUCCGUCCGCGGGGAAGCUCAGCCUUGGGCGUGGACAUCCGAGGCGAUACUAGCGCGCCAGCGAUGUCCACGAUGAACGAAGUGAGCCCGAUCGAAUCACCCACAGACCAGAAGGUACGCAUUACCGAGGCAGUCGCGCGCAUCCCGACUAACAGCACCCAGUUCAAUGGCUCCGCGAAACCGAAAACAACAAAGCGUCGUCGCGCCCGAUCGCUCCUCCAUCGCUUCGCAGAUACCUGUCUGCGAUAUACAUGGCUCCUGCCUUUGAUCGUGAUGCUCUUUUUGCUCGGCCUGUACGCCAUUAACCCCACGACCUCAAACCCAAUGCACAGCGCCAUCUUUCUGUCUUACCCGCAAGGUCCCAAGACUCCCGGUGGUCCAAUCAUGUACGGAAAAGGCAAGAAGGACAUCGCGUUCGUGGCGUUCUAUACGGUUGUGCUGUCUUUCACACGCGAAUUCAUCAUGCAGCAGAUGAUCCGACCGUUCGCUGUGUGGUGUGGUAUUCGAGGCAAGGGCAAGACCGCGCGGUUCAUGGAGCAAAUGUACACGGCGGUGUACUUCGGAGUCUUCGGGCCAUUUGGGCUUUAUGUGAUGAAGCGCUCGACGAUUUGGUACUUCAACACCACGGCGAUGUUCGAGGGAUUCCCGCACCGCGAGCACGAGGCCGUCUUCAAGGCCUAUUACCUCCUCGAGGCUAGUUACUGGGCCCAGCAGGCGAUUGUGCUCAUGCUGCAGUUGGAGAAGCCCCGCAAGGACUUCAAAGAGCUGGUCGGCCACCACAUCAUCACCUUGGCUCUUAUCGGACUGAGCUAUCGCUUCCACUUCACGCACAUGGGUCUGGCGGUUUACAUCACGCACGAUAUCUCUGAUUUCUUCUUGGCGACGUCCAAGACUCUCAACUACCUGGAUGCGUAUAUCACUGCGCCGUACUUCACCAUGUUUGUUGGAUGGUGGAUUUACCUACGUCAUUAUCUGAAUCUGAAGAUUCUCUGGGCUGUUCUGACAGAGUUCCGCACCGUUGGUCCCUUUGAGCUCAACUGGGAGACUCAGCAGUAUAAGUGCUGGAUUAGUCAGUACAUCACCUUUUCCCUGCUUGCCAGUCUGCAGGCCGUCAACCUGUUCUGGCUCUUCCUGAUCCUGCGCAUCUUGACCAACUACAUCUUCACCAACGUCACAAAGGAUGAGCGCAGCGAUGACGAGGAAGAGGAAGAAGAAGAGACUACUGUCGAGACCAAGGCUAUUGCCACUGGCGCCGAUCAGGGCAAGGAGAACCAAGCCCCUCAGGUGCUGGUCAAUGGCGAGCCCGUCGCCGAGCAGCGCGGACCUCGGACGCGCAGCCGAAAGGCCUAA